AUGGUGGUACCUGAUCGUCUCAAGAUUGCUGCCGUUGAGGCACCGGUAACACCAGAAAAUGAACGUCGUACAAGAAACGGAAAAUUUACGUUGAGGCAGCUAAGACAAACCGAUGGAAUUGUGCCACUACAGUCGGGCACCAAUCAGUUUGAUUCACAAAAGGGUAAGACAGGUUUUGGAAUGCCACGAAAUACUGCUACUGCCGUAAACUUUGCUGACAGAGGGAAGAAAUGGACAAUUGAGGAUUUACGGGCAAGCGACUCAAUUGUUAGACUUCAGUCGGGAACUAAUCGAUUCGAAUCACAAGCAAGUUUUCAUCUUUUUGCAUCUCUCUACCAACAAUCGAAGGGAAUGACCGGAUUUGGGACGCCACGGGAUGUUAAAGGCAAGCAUCUAAAACGAAUAUGGGAACUGGAGUUUCCAGAAGAAGCAAUUGCCGAUGAACCAAUACAGCGUCAAUUAGAGCACCAGCAAGGUCAAGAUGAGCAACAACCAACGGAGUAG